GAGAUUUUGAAAUCUGAGCAGCUGAUCUAAAGGAGCGAAUAUCUUUCGAAGCCAAAGGCAAGAAGAGGGGCAGGUCGUGUCGACACGUGGAAACUUCUGAAGGUUGUCCCAUUUUCCAGUGCCUGACUACCAGGUCCUUUUGAAAGAAAAACGCCUGAUUGGAUACUCCGCCUAUUUCAAUAUAAUCCGCUUGAUUCAUGAUGGCCGAAUCCGGUGAGAAGCUAUCCAAAAAUGAAUUGAAACGUCGUAUGAAGGCUGAGAAGAAAGCCGCUGAAAAGGCCGAAAAGGACAAGAACAAACCCACUGAUCCUAGUCCAAAGGCUGGGACAGAAGGAAGUGCCUCAUCCAUCAAGGAGGAAGAGAUCAGUCCUAAUGAGUAUUUCAAACUUCGAUCCACUGCGGUGGAAGCCCUCAAGUCUGAUCCCAAAACCCAUCCUUACCCGCACAAGUUCCAUGUGGAAAUUUCUUUGCACGGGUUCAUUGACCAGUUUCACAAUCUACCGGAUGGUACGACAGAAACCGAUGUGGUUUUGACGGUAGCUGGCCGAAUUCAUGCCAUCCGAGAAUCGGGUGCCAAGCUUAUUUUCUACGAUUUAAGAGGCGAGGGCAAGAAGAUUCAGGUCAUGGCCAAUGCUAAAUCUUACGAAAAUGAAGAUAGCUUUUUCGAGGACACGGCCAAAAUCCGGAGAGGCGAUGUCAUUGGCAUUCGAGGUCAUCCGGGCAAAACCAAGAAGGGCGAGUUGUCGAUCAUCCCACAAAAGAUCACAUUACUCUCGCCUUGUUUGCACAUGUUGCCGCAUCUGCACUUUGGCAUCAAGGACAAAGAAACGCGAUUCCGGCAAAGAUAUCUCGACCUUAUCAUCAACGGAGAGGUUCGCAAGAAGUUCCAUGUUCGUGCUCAAAUCAUCUCCUACAUCCGGCGUUUCUUCGAUCAAAUGGGCUUUUUGGAAGUGGAAACUCCCAUCAUGAAUAUGAUCGCGGGUGGAGCCACUGCCAAGCCCUUCGUCACGCAUCACAAUGACUUGAACAUGGACCUUUUCCUCCGUGUGGCCCCCGAGCUUUAUCUCAAGAUGUUAGUGGUAGGUGGCAUUGAUCGCGUCUAUGAAAUCGGGCGUCUUUUCCGCAAUGAAGGCAUUGACAUGACCCAUAAUCCAGAAUUCACCACGUGUGAGUUUUACAUGGCCUAUGCGGAUUACAACGACUUGAUCGCCAUCACCGAAAAAUUAGUUUCCGACAUGGUCAAGAACAUCUUCGGGACCUACAAGAUCCAAUACCAUCCGGAGGGAGCCGACGGCCCUGCUUGGGAGGUUGACUUCACCCCUCCAUUCAAGCGCUUGAGAAUGUUCCCGGACCUUGAAAAGGCUUUGGGAGACAAGUUGCCCAAACCGAUUGACCUUCAUACCCCCGAGGCUAGAGACUCUCUCGACAAGUUGUGCGUGAAGCACAAUGUAGACUGCGCAGCUCCAAGAACGGCAGCCCGACUUUUAGACAAGCUGGUGGGUGAAUUCCUGGAGGAGGCUUGUAUCAACCCGACUUUUAUCACCGAACAUCCUCAGGUGAUGUCGCCCUUGGCCAAAUGGCACCGAUCUGAGCCCGGACUAACGGAGCGUUUCGAAUUAUUCACGUGUAAGAAAGAGAUUGCCAAUGCUUACACGGAGUUGAAUGAUCCAAUGGUGCAGCGAAUGAGAUUCGAGCAGCAAGCCAAAGAUAAGGCUCAAGGGGACGAUGAGGCCAUGUUCCUUGAUGAAGGCUUCUGCACAGCCUUGGAGUAUGGCUUACCGCCCACCGGAGGAUGGGGUAUGGGUAUCGAUCGUCUGGCCAUGUUCCUAACGGAUUCGAACAACAUUAAAGAGGUCCUAUUCUUCCCGGCUAUGAAGCCUGACGACAACAAGCCUGAUGGAACCACCGAUAGCCAAGAAAAGCCCGAGGACAAAUCGGCUCCCACCCAUUGAAAUACAUAAAUUAUGCUCAUUACAGAAAUAAAAAUUCAGGCGCGUUUGAAGAA